CUGAGGGCGGCUCGGGCUGCUGAGUUCGUUUUGUGUCUGAUCUCCGCGCCCCGCGCGGUAGCGACCCUGUGCCCAUGGCUCUGAUCAUGGAACCCGUGAGCAAAUGGUCUCCGAGUCAAGUAGUGGACUGGAUGAAAGGUCUUGAUGAUUGUUUGCAGCAGUAUAUUAAGAACUUUGAGAGGGAGAAGAUCAGUGGAGACCAGCUGCUGCGCAUUACACAUCAGGAACUAGAAGAUCUGGGGGUCAGCCGCAUUGGCCAUCAGGAAUUGAUCUUGGAAGCAGUUGACCUUCUGUGUGCACUGAAUUAUGGCUUGGAAACAGAAAAUCUAAAAACCCUUUCUCACAAGUUGAAUGCAUCUGCCAAAAAUCUACAGAAUUUUAUAACAGGAAGGAGAAGGAGUGGCCAUUAUGAUGGGAGAACCAGCCGAAAAUUGCCAAAUGACUUUCUGACUUCAGUUGUGGAUCUGAUAGGAGCAGCCAAGAGUCUGCUUGCCUGGUUGGACAG